GUGAAGGCCCGGCCGGGCGGCGGCGGCGGCGGCUGCGUCCGAGCCAUGGUCGCCCUGGAGAACCCGGAGGGCGGCCCGGAGGUGGCGACGGCGGAGGGCGCCCCGGGCGGGCGGCGGCUGCUGCCUCUUCCAGGCUGUCUGCCCACUCUGGCCGGCUCCCAGGUGAAGAGACUUUCGGCUUCUAAGCGGAAGCAACACUUCAUCAACCAGGCAGUGAGGAACUCAGACCUCGUGCCCAAGGCCAAGGGGCGGAAGAGCCUCCAGCGCCUGGAGAACACCCAGUACCUCUUGACCCUGUUGGAGACAGAUGGAGGCCCACCUGGCCUGGAGGACGGGGACCUAGCACACCCCGCGGCACCAGGCAUCUUCGCGGAGGCCUGCAACAACGCCACCUACGUGGAGGUCUGGAAUGACUUCAUGAACCGCUCCGGCGAGGAGCAGGAGCGCGUGCUCCGCUACCUGGAGGAUGAGGGCAGGAGCAAGGCACGGAGGCGCGGUCCUGGCCGCGGGGAGGACCAGCGGAGAGCUGCCCGUUGGGCUCUUGCAGAGGACCCAGCCUACACGCCCCGAGAGUGCUUCCAGCGCAUCAGUCGGCGUCUGCGAGCUGUGCUCAAGCGGAGCCGCAUCCCCAUGGAGACACUGGAGACCUGGGAGGAGCGGCUGCUCAGGUUCUUCUCCAUGUCCCCCCAGGCCGUGUACACGGCCAUGCUGGACAACAGCUUCGAGAGGCUCCUGCUUCACGCCGUCUGCCAGUACAUGGACCUCAUCUCGGCCAGUGCAGACCUGGAGGGCAGGCGGCAGAUGAAAGUCAGCAAUCGCCACCUGGACUUUUGGCCACCGGAGCUGCUCCUGUCUGCCUACCUGGAGCAGCACAGCUGAUGGUGGCCCCGGUGUCCCUGCCUGUCCCCACGCCCGGCGCCAAGACCUCUGACACGUUCUGCUAAAACAUCUUUAAUAUUUUUAGAAUUCGUCCUUGGAAACCUCUUUCCCUUGGGGUGGUCUCUCUCACCUUUGCCCCCUCCUCACCCGGCUCUCGGCCAGCAGUGCUGGCGGUGGCUGGGACUGCCCAGACCAUCCCAGCCACAUAGUGCCACCCUGCUCUGGGACUUCUGUUUGGGUGGGGAGACCUGACUGGGCGCUUCCAUGUUUCUUCUUUGUGUAGCUUUUUGGCCCAGUGUGAAGCUCGAGUGAGGAGGGAGAGGCUGGGUUUUUAUCGCUUUUAAUGAAUUUGGUGUGAUUUGUUGUAGAUUUUUAAAUUCCCCUUUUGGAGAGAAAAACCAAAAACUCACCCCAUCUGGUAAAUCGUGGGACUUGGUCCCAGCCCUUGCUUGACCCCUCCCAGUUUUUAGCUUGAAUAGUGGCGGUGGGGGUCCCUAGCACCUUGGCCAUCACCCCAGGAGCAUCUUGUCUCGUUUGUGUGUGCGCGCGUGCACCCCACAACCAAGGGCGGAAGCUGCGUCUUAAGGGCUGGUUUUAUCCUCUUUUUGUUCUGCGUGUCCUCCCUCGGCCCCUCGUUUGGCAGCUCUCGGGGUCCCCCCUGCUCUCCCUGUCCUUGUCCCUCCCCUCUUCCCCCUCCCUGCCUUCUGGGGUGUAGGACUUCCAGCCAGAAGCCUCUGCCCUCAGACUGCCCUGUCCCCUCCCCGCGUCCCCCCAGCCUGGCUCCGGCCUGACAGCUCAGGUUGCCCCCAUGCUGGUUCCCUGGCCUGGGCCACCUCAGCCGGCCUGGGCCACCUCAGCCGGCCUGGGGGGACCCUGCCCCCUUGCUGUGUGUGUGUGGGUAGUUGUGCUUUGGGAGACUGUGGAGGGUUCAAUAAAUUUUUGGUGCUCUGG